ACUGUCAGCGGGGCUGUCGCGAGAGGACGUUUCUCCGCGCGGUUUUAGGAGCAGUUCAAAAGAGGACGGAAAGACCCCUCAAGAGCCAAAUGUAUCGUUGUCUUUACCAACAUAUAACAUUGAUGUAGCUAGUUGUGUACCUGAGCUGGCUGGGUUUCAAACUAUAAACUGUCCACUGAGGGCUUGCGCUCCGUCGUGACACGUAAAGACUACAUCUCCCAUGUUGACGGAGGCCGAUGACGUAGAAUGUAUGCGCCGAUUUUUACAGUCAUUGAAUAUAUCUUUAUUAGCUACAUGGUUAAUACGAAAUACUAAGUAGUCACCAUGGUGAUGAAGUCAGCAGUUGACGAUGAUGAUGCUGGCUGGGGGCUGGGCAUCCCAGAAAAGAUGAAAAACAAUGCCAACUGGGUUGACAUUACACAUGAAUUUAAGGGUGCAUGCAAAGAGUUGAACCUUGGAGAGUUGCUUCAUGACAAACUGUUUGGCCUGUUUGAGGCCAUGUCCGCCAUAGAGAUGAUGGAUCCUAAGAUGGACGCCGGAAUGAUUGGAAACCAGGUCAACAGGAAAGUACUCAACUUUGAACAAGCUAUCAAGGAAGGUGCCAUUAAGGUGAAAGACCUGAGUCUUCCUGAACUAAUUGGGAUCAUAGACACAAGUUUCUGCUGUUUGAUCACAUGGCUGGAGGGCCACUCCCUGGCGCAGACUGUGUUUACCUGUCUGUACGUCCAUAACCCCGACCUGAUUGAAGAGCCACCUCUUAAAGCCUUUGCUCUGGGCAUCCUGAAGGUGUGUGACAUUGCCCGAGAGAAAGUGAACAAAGCGGCCGUGUUUGAGGAGGAGGAUUUCCAGGCCAUGACCUAUGGCUUCAAGAUGGCCAAUAAUGUCACAGACCUGCGGGUGACAGGAAUGCUGAAAGACGUGGAGGAUGAGUUACAGCGGAAAGUUAAGAACACGCGCUGUCGACAGGGUGAGCAGCGAGCCCCGGAGGUGGAGCUGGAGCAUCAGCAGUUUUUGGCACUUUUCAAUAGAAUCAAGUUCACGCGCCUUCUUCUGACUGCACUGAUCACCUUUACCAAGAAAGAGACCAGCUCGGUUGGCGAGGCCCAGAAGCUCGUGGCUCAAGCUGCUGACCUCUUAUCAGCCAUUAAUUCCAGUAUUCAGCACGGCAUCCAGUCACAGAAUGACACCACUAAAGGAGACCACCCCAUCAUGAUGGGCUUCGAGCCCCUGGUAAACCAGAGGCUGCUGCCACCGACCUUUCCUCGCUACGCCAAGAUCAUCAAGAGGGAGGACAUGGUGGCUUACUUCAGCAAACUUAUAGAGCGCAUCAAGACCGUCUGUGAUGUGAUCAACACCACCAACCUGCAUGGCAUACUGGACUUCUUCUGUGAGUUCAGUGAGCAGUCUCCCUGUGUGCUCUCCAGAUCUCUGCUCCAGACAACGUUCCUGAUAGAUAACAAGAAAGUGUUUGGGACCCACCUGAUGCAGGACAUGAUUAAAGAUGCGCUGAGAUACUUUGUCAGCCCACCGGUCCUCUCCUACAAGUGUUGUCUGUUCAACAACCACCAGGCAAAGGAUUACAUUGACUCCUUUGUCACGCACUGCUCCAGGCCGUUCUGCAGUCUGAUCCAGAUCCACGGGCACAACAGAGCUCGACAGAGAGACAAGCUGGGUCACAUCCUUGAAGAGUUCGCCACACUGCAGGACGAGGCAGAGAAGGUGGAUGCGGCCCUGCACGGCUUGCUGAUGAAACUUGAGCCUCAGCGACAGCAUCUAGCCUGUCUCGGCACAUGGAUCCUCUACCAUAACCUGAGGAUCAUGAUCCAAUACCUGCUGAGUGGCUUUGAACUAGAGCUGUACAGCAUGCAUGAGUACUAUUACAUCUACUGGUACCUGUCCGAGUUCCUUUACGCGUGGCUGAUGUCCACCCUGAGCAGAGCCGACUCCUCUCAGAUGGCAGAGGAGCGGAUAAUGGAGGAGCAGGUGAAAGGGCGCAGCAGCAAAAAGACCAAGAAGAAGAAAAAAGUUCGCCCUCUCAGCAAGGAGAUCACCAUGAGCCAAGCGUACCAGAACAUGUGUGCUGGCAUGUACAAGACUAUGGUGGCUUUGGAUAUGGACGGAAAGGUGCAAAAGCCUCAGUUUGAGCUGGACAGCGAGCAGGUUCGCUACGAGCAUCGCUUCGCUCCCUUCAACAGCGUGGUCACGCCCCCACCGGUGCACUAUAUCCAGUUCAAGGAGAUGUCCGAUCUAAAGAAGUACAAUCCUCCGCCAGGCUCCGCUGACCUGUACAUGGCCGCCAGCAAACACUUCCAGCAGGCCAAGCUCAUCUUAGAAAAUGUGCCCUGUCCAGACCCUGAGGUGAACCGCAUACUGAAGGUGGCCAAACCCAACAUCGUAGUUAUGAAGCUGCUGGCUGGAGGCCACAAGAAGGAGACCAAGGUGCUCCCAGAAUUUGACUUCUCGGCUCACAAGUACUUUCCUGUGGUCAAGAUCAUCUGAUUCUGAUUAUGUCAUGAAGACAAUCAGCCGCAGAGAACACACCCUCACCUCAACAAGUGUGCAAUAGCCCUGACAGUGUGUGUGUGUGUGUGUGUGUGUGUGUAUGUGUGUGUGUGUGUGUGUGUGUGUGUGAGAGAGAGCUACAGCUAACUGUUAAAGUUGUGUAAAGUUGUGUUUGAUACACCUGAUUCUUUUUUCCACUCGAACAAGAGAUGAAACCAGAGAACUCACACCUGGACCUAAAUGACUGACAACAUCAACAUCUGUGAACAUCUGUGUGUGUGUGUGUACAAAAGUCUCUCGUGUACACACACAAAGUCGAGGUGCUUUAAGCUGGCCCCAGAACAGUUUAGUGAAGGCUUUAAAAGAAGAGUUGUACUGAUGAUAAUAAUAAUGAGUGCAUAGCAUUCAAUCAUUUGAAACCUUUCUAUGUAUUUAUGUUCUCAUUUGAAUGAAAAUGUUGAGCGUGGGAGGACGACAGUAUCUUGUUUUACUUCGGCACCUGUUUCAUCUGCAUCCGUCCAUUGUGAAACCUCGACGGGUUCUGCUCUCACAAUGUGAAUGAUGUCACAUUGUGACACACACACACAAGAGAUCCAACACACACAAGAGACCCAACACGCACACAAGAGACCCAACACACACACACAAGAGACCCAACACACACACACAAGAGAUCCAACACACGUAAGAGAUCCAACACACACACAAGAGACCCAACACACACACACACAAGAGACCCAACACACACACACACAAGAGACCCAACACACACACACAAGAGAUCCAACACACACGUAAGAGACCCAACACACACACACAAGAGAUCCAACACACACGUAAGAGAUCCAACACACACAAGAGACCCAACACACACACAAGAGACCCAACACACACACACACAAGAGACCCAACACACACACACAAGAGACCCAACACACACACACAAGAGAUCCAACACACACGUAAGAGAUCCAACACACACGUAAGAGAUCCAACACACACACAAGAGAUCCAACACACACAAGAGACCCAACACACACACAAGAGACCCAACACACACACAAGAGAUCCAACACACACACAAGAGAUCCAACACACACAAGAGAUACACAGCCAACAGUGGCAGAGAUCUGCACCGCUUCCUCAAGUCAAGCGGCGGUCACACAUAUCUUAAUAAAACUUUACUCUUUA